AUGUGUCACGGACAUCCUCGAUACCACUCGUGCGCGCACACGUCGCUCGUCUGGUACUACUGCCCCUCGGCGCACAUUGACCUGGAGACGGGCUUCGAGACGCCCUGCCGCAAUGUCUCGUUUGCACCAGCCCAGUCCAGCGCGCUGUCGUGCCCGCUAAAGAACUGUCAGUUUGUCGACAAGGGCGGCAGCUGGAUAUGCUGCAAGUGCAAUCAGGGGCCCAACACGCAAGGCUGGUGUUCCGCUCCCAUAGCCAACGUCUCGGACGACUUGGACUCGCUGCGAUUAGACGAUGAGCAGAGAACUUGCGACCACGGAUGCUGUGAUGAGUGCAGGAGAUUCGGUACGUGGGCAUUCGGUGCCGUUGGAUCUGAUCGAAAGUUGACUGACAUUCCCUUGCAUCACAGGGCCGAGCCGUAG